AUCUGGAGGUGUUCGCUGCGCAUGUUUGUCAGAACGUUACCAACAGGAGUUAAACAAUCGAAACGAAUAUCAGUAUACGUCAGUACAUCUUUGCUACGCUCGAAAAAUGGAUGACAAAGAACAAGAAAAGCAGAAUGAGAUUAUACGGAAGAGAAUACUUGACGUGCAGCAAAUACGUGUUGUAGAAUGUCCGUCGGACUCACCAUGGCUCAGGCCCGUUCGGAUGCAUUACCAACAAGAUGGCGAGCGCAAGGAUUGGGACAUGGUAAGGGCGCACGACGCUGUGAGCAUAAUCAUUUUCAACACCACACGAAAGAAGCUGGUGUUCGUUCGACAAUUCCGUCCGGCUUUCUUCUAUACGUUUGUCCCGGAGAAACGUGGCCCAGUUGACCUUCAACAGUAUCCACCGACACUAGGUGUAACCCUAGAACUAUGCGCCGGUAUCGUGGACAAAGAUAAAUCUCUCGUCGAGAUUGCGAGGGAUGAAGUAAGAGAAGAAUGUGGAUACGAAGCACCAUCGGAGGCCUUUAAAUAUAUCAUUACUUUCAGGAAUGUUUCUACUUCUGUCUCCAAACACACACUUUACUAUGCGGAAGUCACAGAUGAAAUGCACACACAUCCUGGAGGGGGUGCUGCGUCUGAAGGGGAACUGAUCGAAGUGGUAGAAUUGAGCAUCCCAGAAGUGAAAGAGUACAUCAAUUCUGAAGAAGUCCAAAGCCCUCCGAGCUUAUUGUACGGUAUUACCUGGUUUCUACUUAACAAACCUGAACACUGUUCACUAACUUAAAAUCGAAUACUUAUCCAAAAUUGGUGAAACUACUUAUUUCUGGUCAUAAUCUAAAUAAAAGGAUUUUCCUUUA